AUGAGAUUUAGAUUUCUGAAAAAUUCCAUCCCAAUUCACGGAAUUUUGAUUUCGAGAAACAGCUACCGGAACCACCUUUCUCCGGCGAAUGCCGUUCUGUGCCCUCCUCAGUCGCUCCCUUACUUUGAAGACCCUAGCUCCCGAAUUUCUAGGCGGUGGCAUGUCGGCCACUCCCACCACCAUCAUGAUCACCACGGGGACUUCAGCUCCGGCUCGGAAGGGGAAAAGAUUUUCCGGCUCGGACUUGGCGCCGAUGUUGGUUUAGCUGCCGGGAAAGCGUUGACUGGCUAUCUCUCUGGUAGCACUGCCAUUAUUGCCGAUGCUGCACAUUCUAUCUCCGACGUGGUGCUCAGUGGUGUGGCCUUAUGGUCAUAUAAAGCUGCGAGGAUCCCCAAGGACAAAGAACACCCAUAUGGUCACGGUAAAUUUGAGACACUUGGAGCCCUCGGAAUUUCGGGUAUGCUUUUGCUUACAGCUGGAGGCAUCGCAUGGCAUGCUGUGGACGUGUUACUGGGAGUAUGGUCAGCUGGUCCUGACUUAAUUAAUCACUCCUUGGCUCAUGAACAUAUGCAUGGACAUGAUAAUGGUGGACACCACCAUGGAAUUGACAUGGCUCAUCCUGUCCUAGCUCUGAGUGUGACUACAAUUUCUAUAGCUGUGAAAGAAGGACUAUAUUGGAUUACCAGAAGAGCUGGUGAGAGGGCAGGCAGUGGACUGAUGAAAGCCAAUGCUUGGCAUCAUCGUGCAGAUGCUGUUUCAUCAGUUGUUGCUCUGAUAGGGGUUGGAGGUUCUAUUCUUGGAGUGAGGUUCUUCGAUCCUUUGGCAGGACUAGUUGUAUCUGGGAUGAUACUGAAAGCCGGGCUUGAUACUGGUUAUCAGAGCAUUCUUGAGUUGGUGGAUGCUGCUGUUCCAUCACAACUUAUGGAACCUUACAAACAUACAAUUCUACAGGUUGAGGGGGUUAAGGGGUGCAACCAUUUGAGAGGACGCCGGGCUGGUUCUUUUUUGUAUCUUGAUGUAAAUGUGGAGGUGGAUCCUUUUUCCAGCGUCAGUGCUGCGCAUGAUGUUGGUGAAAAUGUCCGUCGCAGUAUACAGCAGUUUCAUCCUGAGAUUGCUGAAGUUUUUAUACAUAUUGAUCCUGCGAUGUCUGAAAUUUCACCUGUCCCUGGUGCGACAGAAAUUGAGAACUCUGAUCGGAAAGGUAAUGGAGACACUUCUUUGGAUGGAUUGGACGUAGAGGAAAUGGUGCGCAAUACAUUGUCUUCAAACUUUUCAGAGAAAUUGGCUGUUCAACACAUAACCCGUCACCAGUUGCAAGGCCAUAUUUUACUGCAGGUCGAGGUUUCUAUGCAUCCAGAUAUGUUGCUUAGGGAUGCUAUCAAAGUUGCAGAAGAGGCUAAAGAGCACAUUUUGGAGAUAGUACCAGACCAUGUCAGUAUCUCCAUGCAGUUACAACUAGGGGACACAACUCCACCAUUACAUCACGAAUGA